GCCUGCUUCGCUCCCCCAGGAAGUGGCCAUCAACAGCGCGCAAUUGACAAACCACGGCAGGCAACACUGAAAAUCGAUAGACAAAACAGGGCUCUGAAAAGCGUUUUCUCUCUUUACAGCCCUCCCCUCUCUGUAGUAUCUCCCAGCAAAUCCCCGGCGGUGACUGGAGAGUUAAAACGCCGAAGAGGCGUAAGCAGCAACAAUUUCAUUCGGUAGGGGUGUUUGUGUCGCGCGACCAGUCUCACCAGACUCGCCCAAUACUAGACGUUCAUCAGUUUGAAUCAAAAUGUUGGAUCCAUCAUCAAGCGAGGAGGAAACAGAUGAGAUAGUGGAAGAGGAGCGCAAAGUAGUUGCAGCACCUAAGGCUGGUGCCCGUGUCUCUCCAAGUCGGACCAGUGAGGGCUCUGGUGGCUUACAACCCAGUCGGAGUAGCAAUGUCCGUCCGUCAAGUCCGAGCCCUUCGAUGGCGAGUGAGAAGGAGAAGGAGGACUUGGAAAAGAUGCAAAGAGAAGAGGACGAGCGAAAGAAGAGACUACAGCUCUAUGUCUUUGUCAUGCGCUGCAUUGCUUACCCUUUCAACGCUAAACAACCAACAGACAUGGCGAGACGACAACAAAAGAUCAGCAAGACGCAACUGCAAACCGUCAAGGAGCGUUUCCAGUCCUUCCUCAGCGGAGACACACAGAUUGUGGCCGAUGAGGCGUUCAUCAAUGCCGUCCAGAGCUACUAUGAGGUGUUCCUGAAGAGUGAUCGCGUGUGCCGCAUGGUGCAGAGCGGUGGCUGCUCGGCCAACGACUCGCGCGAGGUCUUCAAGAAGCACAUCGAGAAACGUGUGCGCAGCCUCCCCGAGAUCGACGGCCUGAGCAAGGAGACGGUGCUCAGCUCGUGGAUGGCCAAGUUCGACACCAUCCACCGCGGCGAGGAGGACCCGCGCAAACACCAGCAGCGCCUGACCGCCAGCGCGGCCUCCGAGCUCAUCCUCAGCAAGGACCAGCUCUACGAGAUGUUCCAGUCCAUCCUCGGCAUCAAGAAGUUCGAGCACCAGCUGCUCUACAACGCCUGCCAGCUUGAUAAUCCAGAUGAGCAGGCGGCCCAGAUCAGGAGAGAGCUGGACGGGCGGCUGCAAAUGGCCGAUCAGAUCGCCAGGGGUGGCAAGUUUCCCCAGUUCGUGUCGAAGGAGAUGGAGGCCAUGUACAUCGAGGAGCUGAAGUCGUCCGUGAACCUGCUGAUGGCCAACCUGGAGAGCAUGCCCGUGUCCAAGGGAGGGGAGUUCAAGCAGAAGCUCAAGAGGGGCUACAACACGUCCAUCAUCGACAUGGGUCAGGAGGAUGAGAACCAGCUCUCCAAGUCCGAUGUGGUGCUCUCUUUCACCUUGGAGGUGGUGAUUAUGGAGGUGCAGGGUCUCAAGUCCCUAGCGCCCAACCGGAUUGUCUAUUGCACCAUGGAGGUGGAAGGAGGGCAGAAACUACAGACGGACCAAGCUGAGGCCUCCAAGCCAACUUGGGGGACACAGGGAGACUUCACUACCACUCACCCGCUCCCGGCCGUCAAGGUGAAGCUGUUCACCGAGAGCACCGGUGUGUUGGCUCUGGAGGACAAGGAGCUGGGCAGGGUGGUCCUGCACCCCACACCCAACAGCCCUAAGCAGGCGGAGUUGCACAAAAUGACCGUUUCCAAAGGCUGCCCGGAUAGUGACCUCAAGAUCAAACUGGCUGUUCGCAUGGAUAAGCCUCAGAACAUGAAGCACUGUGGGUAUUUGUGGACCAUUGGGAAGAAUGUGUGGAAGAGGUGGAAGAAGAGGUUCUUUGUCCUGGUGCAGGUGAGCCAGUACACCUUCGCCAUGUGCAGCUACCGGGAGAAGAAGGCGGAGCCAGUGGAGCUAUUGCAGCUGGACGGAUACACUGUGGACUACACCGACCCUCAGCCAGGCCUGGACGGUGGCCGGACCUUCUUUAAUGCCGUGAAGGAGGGCGACACUGUGAUCUUUGCCAGCGAUGACGAACAGGACCGCAUCCUCUGGGUCCAGGCCAUGUACCGGGCCACGGGUCAGUCCCACAAGCCUGUAUGCGCCCAUGAGUCCCAAAGCUCAACUCCAAGGGGAGCGCAGCCACAGCUGGGCUGGCCCAUCUGCCAGUUCUACGCAGACCGGGCACAGAAGCACGGCAUGGACGAGUUCAUCUCGGCCAACCCCUGCAGCUUCGACCACUCUUCGCUCUUCGAGAUGGGCUGGUUUAGUCCAGGUCAGGUGUUUGUGCUGGACGAGUACUGUGCACGGAACGGCGUGCGUGGCUGCCACAGACACCUGUGCUACCUGCGAGACCUGCUGGAGCGGGCAGAGAAUGGCGCCAUGAUCGACCCCACCCUGCUGCACUACAGCUUUGCCUUCUGCGCCUCGCACGUCCACGGGAACAGGCCUGAUGGGAUCGGAACCGUGUCGGUGGACGAGAAGGAGCGCUUUGAAGGCAUCAAGGACAGACUGCGUGUUCUCCUGGAGAACCAAAUUACUCACUUCAGGUACUGCUUCCCAUUUGGAAGACCGGAGGGAGCAUUGAAGGCAACUUUGUCUCUGUUAGAGAGGGUCCUGAUGAAAGAUAUAGUAACUCCUGUGCCUCAGGAGGAGGUGAAAACUGUCAUCCGGACGUGUCUGGAGCAGGCGGCCCUAGUCAACUACCAACGACUCUCUGAGUAUGCCAAAGUGGAGGAGAAUGUAGGCCGGUUAGUCACUCCCGCCAAAAAGCUGGAGGACACCAUUCGUCUGGCAGAGCUGGUGAUCGAGGUCCUACAGCAGAACGAGGAGCACCACGCUGAGGCCUUUGCGUGGUGGUCAGACCUGAUGGUGGAGCACGCGGAGACCUUCCUGUCGCUGUACGCCGUGGACAUGGACGCGGCACUGGAGGUGCAGCCGCCGGACAGCUGGGACAGCUUCCCCCUCUUCCAGCUGCUCAACGACUUCCUGCGUGUGGACUAUAACCUUUGCAAUGGAAAGUUCCACAAGCACCUGCAGGACCUGUAUGCCCCCCUGGUGGUGCGCUACGUGGACCUGAUGGAGUCGUCCAUCGCACAGUCCAUCCACCGCGGCUUUGAGAGGGAGUCCUGGGAGCCAGUCAACAAUGGAUCGGGGACGUCGGAGGACCUCUUCUGGAAGCUGGACGCCCUGCAGACCUUUAUACGGGAUCUGCACUGGCCCGAGGAGGAGUUCGGCAAGCACCUGGAGACCCGGCUCAAGCUGAUGUCCAGCGACAUGAUCGAGUCGUGCGUGAAGCGAACGCGGGCCGCCUUCGAGGCGAAGCUCCAGAGAAGCAGCCGGACAACAGAUUUCCGCGUGCCGCAGUCAAUAUGCACCAUGUUCAACGUGAUGGUGGACGCCAGGGCCCAGUCGGCCAAGCUGUGCGCCAUGGAGCUGGGCCAGGAGCGGCAGUACCACUCUCAAAUCGACAAUCUCAUUGAGGAGACGGUGAAGGAGAUGAUCACCCUGCUGGUUGCAAAGUUUGUGGUCAUUCUCGAGAGUGUCCUGGCCAAGUUGUCCCGCUACGACGAGGGAACACUCUUCUCAUCCUUCCUGUCUUUCACAGUGAAAGCAGCCUCAAAAUAUGUGGAUGUGCCUAAGCCGGGGAUGGACGUGGCCGACAGCUACGUGACCUUCGUCCGGCACUCCCAGGACAUGCUGCGGGAUAAGGUCAAUGAGGAGAUGUAUAUAGAAAGGUUAUUUGAUCAAUGGUACAGCAGCACUAUGAACCUCCUGGGCACCUGGCUAACAGACCGCAUGGACCUCCAGCUUCACCUGUACCAGCUUAAGAUCCUCAUACGCAUCGUCAAGAAAAAGUACAGGGACUUCCGGCUUCAGGGCGUGCUGGACUCCACCCUGAACAGCAAGAUGUACGACACAGUCCGCCACCGGCUCAUCCUGGAAGAGGCCACUGCGUCGGUGCGGGAGGGAGGGAUGCAGGGCAUAUCGAUGAAGGACAGCGACGAAGAGGACUGAAACAAUAUGGCCACCGAUGCUGUUUCCCAUCCACUUCCUCAGCCCACCACCACAAUGCAUGUUAUAACCACUCAGCCAUCUAUUUUUUAACACACACUUGGUUCUCAUUUCAGUCAGGUCUUCAGUGCCCUUCGAGGGACCAGAAAAAAAAAGAGCCAUCAAGCUAAAAAAAAAAAACAGAUUAGAUUUAAUAGCUAUUGUAAUGAUAAAAUGGAAAAUUAAAAUAACAUUGGUGUUGUACGAUAAACAAUAGAAAAUGUCAAAACUUUCACCCUUCAGUGUCUAAGCAGUAUGGAGUACCAUUUCUGUGUGUGGAGUGAGAUUAUUAGGAUAAUACAAAUGCUUGGUGUGUCCCUUUCCCGUGCAGGUCUCUAGCACGCUAGUCUUCACUGUAAAUACAUGAAUGGUAGCCAGUUGUGCAUAGGCCUCUUGACAGCUUCAUGUCCAGUAUGUCUGAAUGGAUGUCCAGUAUGUCUAAAUGGAUGUCCAGUAUGUCUGAAUGGAUGUCCAGUAUGUCUGAAUGGAUGUCUGAAUGGAUGCCAAAAUGCAACAACUUGAUUGGGGGCAUCACAACUGGUCGCCACGCUUAGGGAGUAUCAGAAACUGUUAUCUGUUUAUGUCUACACUAGAAUCUAAAGCUCUCAGUGGUCUCUGACCUGGAAUAGAAAGAGUUCUGACACUUUGUUUUUUUUUUUUUUUUUUUUUUUUAAAAACAGCCGUUUUAGAAAUCUACAUUCCCAAAAUAUCAGUGAUUUUUUUUCACAGACACUACCAAUAUUUUUUAUGCUUUUGAACCAUUCACAAAUGAUAAAUAUGUUAUAUUUUAGUUAAGUAGUAUUUCCAUAAUCUAUUUCACAGGCAGAAGAAUCUUGCCUCUGUUUAGCUUCCUCAUCAAUCAUCCUUGCAUAUGAUGUUCCCAUUUCUGUUUUCCUCUGUGGAUCGUAGGAUGAUGUCUGCCGCUCCUGCCUUGACCUUUGUUGUUUUUGGUGUGAAGACGAUGCUGUACAUUGCCCUCUGUGCAGUAGCUGCAUGUCUCUCCUAAAGCUUUUGUUAUUCUGUGUAAAGCUGCUGGUGGAUUCAUCUUGCUUCUGCCUUAUGGUAAGCCCACAGUUGAGAUACAAAAAACGUGGGCCUACGAGAAUUAACAAAAGAUAUAUAUGUACAAAAAUGAAAUAAAAACAUAGAAAUUCA